GUUCAAGUAAUCAUGUUACAACAAAUUAUAAGCCGUGUAGCCAGAUGUGCGGAUUAUCCAGUAAAGUACGCAGCAGGAAAGAAAUUCAUCCACUUGCAACAAGCCUUUCCCUGGUGUGCGGAAUUGUCUCAGGGAAACCUGGAAGGAAAAGGGAUUGGAAGAGAAAUCUAUUAAAGUGAUGACAGCCUCCCUCACGAACAGCACAAUCAAACAGUAUGAAUCGUCAUUAAGAUAUUGGUGGUUCUUCUGCCAAAAGGAGAAUUUCAACCCCUACUCAGCAGACGAGCAGACAAUCUUAAGAUGCCUCACGAGAAAAUUUUCAGACGGAGCUAACUACAGCUCUCUUAACACGAUGCGAUCCGCUAUUGCAUUAAUCAAUAAUCAAAGUAACUCCGACAGCAAUCUACUUCAACGUUUUUUCAAGGGCAUUUACAAACUGAGAACUCCGGCUCCCAGGUACAAUUUUACCUGGGAUGUCAGCAUUGUAUUGGACACAUUGGCCAAUCGGAACCCGAUAGAAUCACUAGAUUUACGACAGUUAUCGUUAAAAUUAACGAUGCUCCUUGCGCUUAGAUCAUCAUUUAGAAUGCAAUCGAUUGCCCUUAUAAAGACUGAUAACAUAAAGUUCAAUAAUCAAGGAGUGGAAAUUAAAAUCGACGAAUUAAUCAAAACUUCUCGCCCCGGAGCCCCGCUGCCGUACGCCUGGUUUCCGUUCUUCCGAGAAAAACCCCAAUUGUGCAUCGCUCAAACGCUCCUUCAUUAUCUUGAAAAAACAAAGUUGAUUAGGAAAGAUUGUAAAAAUCUUUUAUUAUCCUUCAAGGAACCACACAAGCCGAUAGGUAGCCAAACAAUCAGCAGGUGGUUAAAAAUGAUCAUGGAAGAGGCUGGAGUAGACGAAGUCUUUAAACUGUAUAGUACAAGACAUGCAUCGACUUCUAAAGCUUCCCAGGCAGACUUGGACAUCAACUCGAUAAAAAACGCAGCAGGUUGGUCCCAACGCACUUCCACACUCGCAAAAUUUUAUAAUAAGCCUAUUAAGAGGACAAGCGAAAAUUUCGCCAAAGCAGUAUUUUCAAAUUAGUAAUUAAUAAUCUUUUCUUUUGUCUACUCCUUAAAUAGUACCUGACUUAAACUAACUGUAAUUUUAAAGAUGUUUUUUCCUGGGUACCUGAUUAAUAUUAAGCCUUUGUCUUUAAUAAUUUUCUAAGAGAAUCAAUAAAGUUUUUAUUCUUAUCUUUACUCUUUUCUCUAAACAUCUACAUGUUAAUAUCUUCGAACAAGGAAAUGAAAUAUAAUUAAUGAUUAAACGAACUUAGUGAAG